UGCUACACUAAAGGCGUCUACUGUGCAAAACCGUGAUGGCUGCACUGAACGGUCUCGUACUUUUGCUGCUUACCAUUUCUGCUAUGUUCAUAAGUGAGUGUUACGGUAGUAGUGAAAACAAGCCCAUCCAAAGGGAAGGCCAGUGUCAGAAUGUGACAUGCUCCCGUAGACUGAACCACCUCGGCGUAGCAGUGACAAGCGGGUGCCCGGAGGGCUGCUUAUGUGUCAUCAGCGCACCCGAUAGUGUUGCCAACGCAAAUGGGACGUGCUAUGAACUAAUGACCACCACGACCACCAAGGCCACCACAACAAGCGGUACCUCCUCGUCGGAGGACCAAGAAUAAUGCCGCUGAAAGCGAUGUGACGACGACCAACGAAGUAUGUCUCAAACGAAACAAGCAUGGAGAAAGGCGCUUCAUUUGUUUGGAAUGGAAUAAAAAUCUUAUGAAUACCAUU